UACAACUGAAUCUAUCAAUUAAGCUAAUAAAAUUCUUUGAGAGCGAAUAAGCUUCCUCUAGAGACGGAAAUUCCCUUUUGAGAUAGAGCACCGAUAUUUCUUCGUUUCUAACAACAGCGUUACCAUCCACGCUCAAGCGAGAACCUCCGCUCUCCUUGUAACGAGAAUAGGAAGGACGAGUCAUAUGUCGAAGGUAAUGGUGCGUCAGUGAGUGAUUUGUCUCCACCCACCUGUUUUUCCGUGCGUUUAUAUUUUUCCAGGCUUUUUCCGGCUGUUACUCUUCCUGUCUCGCUUGUAAUUUGGAUAUUUUUAUAGUUAAAAUGAAGACGCGCAUAUAAAUUCAUAUCCACCCAGAAUACAUGUGCGAUACGCGUUGUAGUUACAAUCUGACUCGCGUUAAAUCUCAUUAAACUUUAAGCGAAUACGAAAAUAAAAAUGAGGUAAAAAAAAACAGGACAAGAAGAAGCGACAGUAUACAGCGCGGUGGAGUUUUCGCUGUAUUAAUUAAGAGGGACUCUUCAAUUUCUUAAAUUGCGAAGUGUCUUCAAGAAGAUCGCGUGAGUUCCAUUAUUGAAAUUGGUCACUUUGACGAUGUGCCGAAUGUCGUAUCACGUAUCUUUAGCUUCCGCUUCAUCGUUUUCUAUGAACGCGCUCUGACGAUCACGAAUUCGCGAACAUCUCCCGACAACGCCUACCACUGUUUGUUGACGACGGAGAACGACGCGAGGACGCGACAUACGAUUACUAGUGCCCUCAUUGAGUGAUAACGAAAUGAAUUUGUCGAUAGACACUGCCUUAUGGAUAAAUACCGCCUUUGUAUUCUCGGCGAAAUAUAAAAAUAACGCGCGCCUACACAUACACACACACACACACACACACACACACACACACACACGAGGCCUGCAUUAUUUCUCUCGCAAAGCUGAGUGAGAAGCACCCGACCAAUGGACAAGCCGUUCACUUAUUUAUCGUAGCCCCAAGCAAACUGAUCGUGGAACAUGUAUUGAAUUCUUCAUACGGACUGCCUCGCCUUUUUUCCGUCGCUUUCCGAGUUCUUUUUAAAAAUUCCUACGAGGGGCCGGUAGCCUCGAUUCUUUCCUUGAAAGAUUGAACGGCCGUUUCGCGUCCACGAAACGAAAGUGUUCUGUACCAAAAUGCUCGCCGUGACGCUCGUAUUGCUAUCAGUUUCACUAUUCUGCGCUCCCCAACACAACAGCGGAUAUAACAUACUGGGUAUUUGUCCGAGCGCAAGUUACAGCCACCAACAGCCCUUUCAAGCAUUGAUGAGAGCAUUGGCGGCCCGUGGCCACAGCGUUACCGUCGUAUCAACGAUUCCCUUAAAGAAUCCUCCACCCAAUUACAGGAACAUAGACUUGUCGUUUUCGUAUCAGAAGAACGAUUGCACAGGAUUGAGACACAUGGGGGCCUACGCGAUACUCCAUAAGAACAUGCAGGAGGCGAACAAAUUGUGCGAGAAACAAUUAUUCAGUCCCGCUAUCGGCGAUCUUAUAGCGGCCAACGAGACAUUCCAUGCGAUCAUUAUAGAGCAAUUAUGGUACCAGUGUUAUUACGCUCUCGUAAAGCACUACAACUUCCCGGUGCUGAUGGGAUUUUUGAGCGUAGGCAACCUGCCCUAUGUAAUGGAUUCCGUGGGAAACCCGGACGACCCCAAUAUGAAUCCAGACAUGGCGUAUCCAUUCACGGACAGAAUGACACUGAACGAGCGUAUACGGAAUAGCCUUUACACCACGUGGACAAGAUUGUAUUAUCGAUAUUGGCACCUGCCACGGGCUCAACGCAUCGCUAACGAAUGGACGCCCGGUACAUCCGUCUAUGACAUCGAUAAGAACUUCAGUCUAGUGAUUCUGGGAAACAAUCACGUGUUCGGCUAUCCGAAACCAUUACUGCCGCACGUGAUCGAGGUUCACAGCUUGCAAAUAACGGAAAAUCCCGAUUCCCUGCCUGAGGAAAUCCGGAAGUUCCUGGACGACGCUCAGGAUGGCGCCAUUUAUUUCUCUCUGGGCUCGAAUUUGCAAACUCACCAGCUACCCGCCGGCCCUUUGACCGCAUUGUGCAACGCCCUGAGCUCGCUCAAGCAAAGAGUUCUAUGGAAACACGGCGGGAACAUGGCCAUUCAUCCAGCCAACAUCAAAUUUGUGAAGUGGGCGCCCCAGCAAGCGGUCCUAGCGCAUCCCAGAGUGAUGGCGUACGUGAUGCAAGGCGGAUUGCAGUCGCUGCAAGAGGCGGUGCACCACUCGGUGCCGGUAGUCGCGAUCCCCUUUUUCGGGGAUCAACUUUUCAACGCACGUAAAAUCCUAGACGCCGGUAUCGGACUGACACUGGACAUCGACACCAUGACCGAGGACUCCAUCGUACAAACGCUCGCGGAGGUCGUCGAAAAUAAAACGUAUCUGAACAACAUCAGAAGAAUGUCGGCAAUUGUACGGGACGAAUUAGUAAAGCCUAUGGAAAGAGCAAUAUGGAGUGUGGAGCACGUAUUGAAGUUUCCUGACUCAAGACAUUUACGAUAUCACGGACGUGAUAUAUCAUGGAUAGAUUAUUACGCGACAUUUCUGUGUUUAAGUGUAUUUCCUGCUAUUUUAAUGUACAUCAUUUAUCGAAUUAUCAUCACUUUUCUUAAGUACAAAUGGAUAGGUGACGUAAAACGAAAACUUGAGUAGCAAAGAAAAUUUAUGGCAUUGAUCAUGAGAAACAAUUAUAUACAAAAUAUAUGAUCUUUCCUGAUAUAAAACUACUUUCAUAUGUAAUGUUUAUAUGCAAUAUAAUCAUGUAUGUUAAGUUAUGAGAAACACACCCAACGUAAUAGAAUUUCAUCCUUGGCGGGGUUCUCUUGUAUAUAGCCUCCAGAGGAUUUUUCUAAAAGGAAAAUGUUUUAUACUCAAAGAAAAGAACUCUAGUUGCAAAAAAUGCUUGGUAUUAUUUUCUGUAUAAUCCUACAUUCUAAGCAGAAACUUUUAUCAAAAAGGCAUUUCUCUUCUAAUGAAAUAGAUUACACUGAGAUGAAAAACGUUUAAGAAAUAAAAAAUGUAGAGGAUAUUAACAUAUUUACCUAUAUUAAUAUAAAACAACAUAAUAUUUUAAUUUUCUUAAAACAACAUAGUAUUUAUCUAUACUAAUAUAAAAUAUUUUGCAAAUAAAAAAAUGUACAUUUU